AUGGCGUCCACAGCAGUCAACCUCUCCCAAACCCUCCCCCACCUCUUCCAGCGCCGCAACGGCUCCCCGGACGUCCCCGAGGACAUCGACCACUUCAACGACCCGAACUGGGACUACGAUGCUCCCGCUUCCCCGUCCGAGAGCACCUCUACCUUCGUAGAGAAGCGUUCCUCCUGGACCAACACUUCCUUCCGUUCCUCCGAUGUCGAUACGGACUCCCGCCCUAAGUUGGACCUCCGCGAGGCCGCCCUGGAGAACGAAGACUCGCCUUACGCUGAAGUGCGUGCCGCUGUGCCCAACUACGAUGACCCGACGUUGCCCGUCAACACCUUCCGCAUGUGGUUCCUGGGCCUCGUCAUCUCCACUAUUCUCUACGGACUUAACCAUUUCUUCGUCACCCGCUGGCCCUCCGUCUACAUCAGCGCCCUCAUCGCACAGCUGAUCGCCCUCCCGGCCGGCAAGUUUAUGGAGUGGGCUCUCCCGACCAGGAAGUUCAACACCUUUGGCUACGUUUGGUCCUUCAAUCCAGGCCCGUUCAACGUGAAGGAGCACACCGUGAUCACGAUGAUGGCCAAUGCCGUCUACUCCGACGUCUACGCAUCCACCAUCUUCCUCUCCCAGCGCGUCUUCUACGGUCAACGCCCCUCGGUCGCCUACGAGCUCCUCCUCUCCCUCUCGUCGCAACUCAUCGGUUUCUCCUUCGCCGGCGUUGUUCGCUCGCUCCUCAUCUGGCCGUCCAGCAUGAUCUGGCCGUCCGCGCUCGUGAGCUGCGCGCUGCUCAACACCCUCAACAAGAGCUGGACCAAGGUCGAGACCAAGCAUAUUUCGCGCGAGAAGUUCUUCCUCUUCGCUGCCGUCGGCUCCGCGCUGUGGUACUUCGUGCCCGGCUUCCUGUUCACCGGCCUCAGCGUGUUCAGCUGGGUCUGCUGGAUCGCCCCGAAGAACCAGACCGUCAACACUCUGUUCGGGUACAACACGGGCCUCGGCCUUGGCUUCCUGACUUUCGACUGGUCGAUGAUCUCCUGGCUCGGAAGCCCCUUGGUUUCUCCCUGGUGGACUGAAGCUAACAUCUUCAUCACAUUUGUUAUCGUCUACUGGAUCAUCGCCCCGAUCAUGUACUUCAAGAACGUCCUCUUCACCGCCUACUUCCCAAUCUCCUCUUCCGGCGCAUUCGACAACACCGGCGCGCCCUACAACAUCUCCGCGGUCGUCACGCCCCAGGGCGGGUUCAACGAGGAGGCGUACCGCAACUACUCGCCGCUGUUCAUGUCUGCUACGCUCCAGCUCGCGUACGGCACUCAGUUCGCGGUCAUCACUGCGGUCAUCGUGCACACCUUCCUCUGGUACAGGCAGGACAUCAUCCGCCAGUUCCGCCGCACGAUCCGGGACGAGCAGGACAUCCACUCGCGCCUCAUGUCGGUGUACAACGAGGUCCCAAUCUGGUGGUACGGGCUGCUCUUCGUCAUCGCCUUCACCUUCGGCGUGAUCGCGAUCGAGAUCUUCCCGUCGCAGUUCCCCGUCUGGGCAUUCAUCCUCUCCCUCGCCAUCUCCUUCUUCUUCGUCAUCCCCGUCGGCAUCAUCCGCGCGGUCACGAACCAGAUCCUCGGCACGAACGUCAUCUCCGAGUUCGUCGCGGGCUACGUGCUCCCCGACCAGCCGCUCGGCUCGAUGAUCUUCAAGACGAUGGGCUUCGUGCCCAUGUACCAGGCGCUCGGGCUCCUCAACUCCCUCAAGAUCGGCCACUACCAGAAGGUCCCGCCCCGGGUCAUGUUCCUCGCCCAGGUCGUCGCCUCCACGCUCGCGUGCUUCAUCGCCGUCGGCAUCCAGGAGUGGCAGUUCGCGCACAUCGAGGACUUCUGCUCCCCGACCCAGAAGGACGGCUUCUACUGCCUCGACCUCCCGCCCGCGACGGGCAUCAACUACUCCUCCUGGGCGAUGGUCGGCGCCUUCUUCCAGUGGUUCGUCCGCCGCUACCACUUCCGCUGGUGGCUCCGCUUCAACUACAUCCUCUCCGCCGGCCUCGACAUCGGCGUCUCCCUCGGCGCCGUCCUCGUCUUCUUCUGCCUCCAGUACCCCAACGGCGGCCUCACCCUCAACUGGUGGGGGAACACCGUCUGGCAGAACACGUUCGACGCGGUCGGCAUGCCCCGCCUCCUCGUCACCGACGUCCCGAUCGGGCCCCAGACGUGGCAGUAG